GAAUUCUCCCAACGGUCGGCAGAUACGAAUAUUUCAGGCGCGCUGUCUCUCCCAAUGACACACUGCCAUUCGUGACGGAAGACGACGCCUUACGUUUGUUGGAACGGUCGUUGGCAGCAUUGUACUUCGCUGUUAUGUUGGUGCCCGCGUUGUCUUCCGUCUGCUGCCGUCGCAGUGUACUGUUUCAUGGCUGACGUGUUCCGCAAGCUGCCGGUGCUGCUCCUGGUUGUCCUGUUGCUGCUCCUCUUGGUUGUCUUCCACAUGUGUAUCCUCGGGAACGUACUGCGGCGUCGAAGCAAAAGAAGGUCUUCGAUGAAGGACGGCAGGACGGAGGCACGACAGGCGAUCGCCAAGUCCGGAGGGGAGCAGGUCGGCGGGAGGCGGUGCGGAGGAAGCCCAUUGACCGUUGGGAGGGCGUCCCAGCGGGUUGGGUAUGAGGCAUUGCCGCCGCACUUGCAACCACUCCCCGGCUCAUCAGACGAGGAGGAGGAGAGACGGCCCCGCACCUCAUUCACUGAACUCCUUCGCCCGGGCCUUAGCGGCGACGAAGGAGAUGGCCGCGUCAACCUGUCAUUUGGUCUGUCCACCGGGCGGUCGUCAACUCCAUCGCGCAAAGGCCUCGUGUACCCCUACCCCGACGACGACGGCGGGCAAUUGACGGUUGUCGACCGAUCAUCGAACACGAGGGCGUUGGCGCGCGAAACGACGGGAGCGAACCCGAACUCGUCGACGCAGCAAGCACGGGCGCCCUCUCUGUCCAGGGCCGCCCAGGGUCGGCCCCACUGGAUGCUGUCGCCGUCUCCCCUGUCUGCGGCGUCCGAAGUGCCCUGCCCCCGUGGCGGUAGCAUCGAUGCCGAGACGAACUUCUUUGACGUUGGUGAUGGUCGGGACGCGAGGGAGGUGUGGAAGGAACACCGAUGGGAGCUUCAGGCGCGGCGAGAGGAAUCCAUCACACGGGGGGUGGAGCAUCUUCGCGUGGGUGACCGGGAGAAGGAAAAGGAUAGUCCACCUCCGGAAGCAGACGACGACAACGAAGACGACAACGACGGAAAAGGUGGCCAAGGAAAGGGGAGCGGUGGCGACGGCGACGGUGAUGCGGAGGAGAAGCGCAACUUCUGGUCCGUCGAACACAUUAUAGCCCUCAUAAGGGCUAAACGUGACCAAGAUGCGCAUAUGCAGGGGAUGGGCCACGCGUACGCCCGAAUGAAACCGCGAGAAUGGAAAUGGCAAGACGUCGCUCAGAGAUUGAAGAACGUGGGCGUGGACAGGGAUGCCGAGAAAUGCGGGAAGAAGUGGGACAAUCUCAUGCAGCAGUUCAAGAAAGUCCAUCAUUUUCAAUCGCCGUCCGGGGGGGGUGACUUCUUCCAGUUGUCGUCCAAGGAGAGGGCCAGCAAGGGCUUCAAUUUAACUAUGGAUCGAGCUGUUUACGAUGAGAUAGAGGGGUCGCCCGGGAUGAACCACACCAUCCACCCGAAGAACGUCUCAGACACUGGUGCUUCUGGCGGUGUUCGUCUGCCAUCGACGUCGAACGCGGAUCCUGAAUCAGUGGCGGAUGGGGAUGGAGGUGCGGGGCGAGAAGAUGACGACGAGGGGUCGACGGGAGGUUCUUCCCAGACGACGGGCGCCCCCGCCGAUUUUGGGAAGAGGAAGAGCACGAGGCAGCAAACUUUCGACGCGCUGACAGAGUGCAUGGAGAAGCACGGGGCGCUAAUGGCGUCGACGAUGGAGAGUGCAAGCAAGCGGCAAUGCUCCAUCCAGGUCCGGCAGUGUGAGGCGUUGGAAGCCGAAGUGGAAGUGCAGAGGAAGCACUAUGCUGCGUCGGGCGAAGUCAACAAACUCAUGUGCCACGCGUUGUUGGAAAUAGCGAAGGCUAUUUGUAGUACGCGAGAUGUUAAUGAGGAGGUGGUGGAGGAACACGAGAUAAUCCACGAGGACGACGACUUUGAAGAGGAAGAGGAACAACCGCUGAAGAGGAAACCGAGGGCGAGUUCUGGGGGGGGGAUAAAAAUCAACGAAGGGGGGGACGAGACACCUUCCGCACGACGUGGCGGUGGGGGUGUCACGGGUGGACACGCCGACUUUGUCGACGUUGAACGCGAUGUGCCUAGGAGGGAGAUCGGCGGGCGUGUGAAGGAAGGGGUCGUCGCGCAUGAAUCUGCGCAAUGCGCGCAGACGCCCUCGAAACGCCUCAACACCCCGCCUGUAGACGUGGCGGGUAGUUCCCAAGCGGCGGUCCAAGGUGGGGCAUUGCGAUCUCCUUCGACGGUGCCGCGCGGCGGCGCUGUUACGGUGGCGGGGGAGGCGGGGGAAGUUCCUAAGGCAGGGGAUGACGGGGUGGUUGCGGAAGACGACGAGGCUCUGGUGCACAGGCUGCGCGGGGCACUGGGCACGACCGAAGCGAUCGACGGCGGUCAUGUAUCAUACGAGCGUCUGAAGGCCAUGGCAGAGGCGAUGAGGUACUUGCUGGCCGCAACAAUGUGGAUAAUCCGAAUGGCAGGGGACGAUCCAAGAUCUCAUUACGACGCUUGGGUUUUCGUGCAACUGUCUGAGAAGACGACGCUGCUUGCGUCCAUGAACCGUCAAUUCGACGCCCGCCGCCACAUCACGCAAGCCGCGCAAGUCAUGACGGACAAGUUGGGGAGACCGCCUCCGACCUUCGCCCCCCCACCUGUCUACAUCCCUGAUUGGGUGUCAAAGUGCGGAGUCACUUUCUCGCACGACGCGACGUUGGCCUCCCCGAUGGAGGCAAAAAGGUUGGAUUGGCUGGGGACAGGCCCCCCCGAGGGCUGCGAUGAGGAUGACGACGGUGUUGACAAAGGCCAGGGUGGGUGAUGUGGAUGACAUCGCGAUAGGGAAGGGGAUGAUGCCGUCGCUUCUUUGACGACGGCAACAAACGCAAGCAGUCACU